UUGGUUGUUUUAUCACGGUUUUUUCAUUUGCUUUCGUGUGAUAUUAUACAUGCAAAAGUUUUUGAGUAAAAAUCUUUCAUUUGUCCUGAAAAUUAUGUUAUAAAUAAUUGUGGUAUUUAAUCUGUAACAUUGAUUUGGUACGAAACCAGAUUCAUUUCGGUUUAGUGCAAUUAGAAUGGGAACCGACUCACUCCCAUUGUAUACAAAAUCGACCAAGACAACGACAUCGGAUGCGAUUAUUCACGACGAUAAUCGGUCAAAAUUAAAAUUUCCGAGUAGCUCGUCGGCUAAAGGAAUGACCAUUUUAUGUUUCGAUUUAAGCAAUUGCAAUUCUCAAACUCAAUUCAUUUUUUGUUGUAUUGGUGUAUUUGUGCUAUAUAUUUUGUAUGGAUAUUUUCAAGAAUUGAUUUUCUCACUUGACGGAUUUAAACCAUAUGGAUGGUUUUUAACAUUAAUUCAAUUCGGAUACUAUACAAUUUUUGGUUAUUUUGAACGUCGAAUUCAAAAUCCGGAACAAUGUGGCAUUCGAAAAAUUCCAAUGAAAACAUAUGCAUUGCUAGCAUUUCUGACACUUGGUACGAUGGGGUUGUCAAAUAGUAGUUUGGGAUAUUUAAAUUACCCAACUCAGGUGAUAUUCAAGUGUUGUAAAUUGGUGCCCGUUCUCAUUGGAAGCAUUUUAAUUCAAAAGAAAAGCCACGGCCCAUUGGAUUUUCUGGCAGCAAUUGCAAUGUGUGUUGGUCUAGCUGUAUUUACAUUAGUGGAUUCAACAAUAUCGCCAAAUUUUGAUAUGGUCGGUGUGAUGAUGAUAUCAACGGCUUUGCUAUUCGACGCAAUCAUUGGAAAUGUGCAGGAGAAGGCGAUGCGAGAAUACAAGGCAAAUAAUGUUGAAGUUGUGCUAUAUUCGUAUGGAAUUGGAUUCGUUUAUUUGUUGAUUAUUUUACUAUUGAGCGGCAAUUUAUUUCCAAGCUUACGUUUUUGUGCCACUUAUCCAAUACAAACCUAUGGUUAUGCAUUUCUGUUCUCUUUAUCGGGAUAUUUGGGAAUUCAAUUUGUAUUGACAUUAGUGCGAACGUGUGGUGCAACUUUAGCUGCUACGGUUACCACAGCUCGAAAAGCCGUUACGAUCGCUUUAUCGUUUUUAUUCUUUAGCAAGCCGUUCAGCAUAGAAUAUAUUUGGGCUGGACUGCUGGUAGUAUUAGGCAUUUAUUUAAAUAUAUUUAGUAAGCGCAACAAAUGGAAUACACAGGAGUUAAUCGCUAAAAUUACUGACUAUGUACAUUUACCAAAGAAACUACGACAUCUAUACGAAGGUCAUCAAAAAGAUGCGAUGUUUGAAGUUUAAAAGCGAAAAACAAUGGAUUUUAUUCUUAGAAGAAUUGUAUAUAUACAAGCUAAUGCAUUAUUAUAGAAAGUAAAAUUUGUGAAUGGA